UUGCCCGGUCACUUCAACGGGAACACGGUAGAGUCUCGGUCCGGACAGUUAGGCAUUCUCCCUUCACUUCUAAACGGGAAAAUGAUAGUAUUGAUUUGUUAGUAUACUUCAUGACAUGGAAAACCUGAAGGAAUAACCCGAAGGAAUAUUAUUCAGGUGAAUAGAUGUUGACAUUUUAUUAGAAGUUGACCCUGGAAAGAACGGACUAACGUCUCCCAUCCCUCCCACCGCCAUGAGUUCCUGGGUUGUGAACAGGAAAGGAGGGCCGCAGUACUGCCAUCACUUCCUCACAGACAACAGCAUCUUUCAUGUGGAGCGAUGUAUGUGUGUGAUGCAGUCGGGGACCCAGAUGGUGAAGUUGAAAGCUGGUUCCAAGGGGCUGGUGAGACUGUUCUACCUGGACGAACAUCGCUCCUGUAUCCGAUGGAGACCCUCACGCAAGAGUGAGAGGGCCAAGAUCACCAUUGAUUCGCUGUACAAGGUGACGGAGGGCCGUCAGUCAGACAUCUUCCACCGCCAUGCGGAGGGCAGUUUCGACCCGGCCUGCUGUUUCACCGUUUACCAUGGCAACCACAUGGAGUCCCUAGACCUGGUGACCUCUAACCCUGAAGAGGCUCGUACCUGGGUGACAGGACUACGAUACCUGAUGGCUGGCAUCAGUGACGAGGACUCACUGGCCAAACGACAACGGACACAUGACCAGUGGAUGAAGCAGACAUUUGAGGAGGCUGAUAAGAACGGGGAUGGUCUGCUGAACAUGGAGGAGAUCUACCAGCUCCUACACAAGAUGAACGUCAACCUUCCCCGCAGGAAGGUCAAACACAUGUUCCAGGAAGCGGACUCAGACGACCAACAGGGCACGUUGACGUUUGAAGAGUUCAGCGUGUUCUAUAAGAUGAUGUCACUGCGGCGGGACCUGUAUCUGCUGCUCAUGGGAUACAGCGACAGGAAGGACCACCUGACGGCUGACGAGCUGGCCAACUUCCUGCGCAACGAACAGAAGAUGAUGAAUGUGACUACAGAAUACUGUCUGGAUGUCAUUGAUAAGUUUGAGCUUUCUGAGGAGAACAAACAGAAAGGCAUUCUGGGAAUUGAGGGUUUCACCAGUUUCAUGCGCAGCCCCACGUGUGAUGUGUUUAACCCUGAACACCAUGAGGUGAACCAGGACAUGGAUCAGCCUCUGAGUAGCUACUACAUCUCCUCGUCUCAUAACACCUACCUGACGGGAGACCAGCUGCUGUCUCAUUCCAAGACAGACAUGUACGCCUGGGUACUACAGGCUGGCUGCCGCUGUGUGGAGGUGGACUGUUGGGAUGGUCCUGAUGGAGAUCCCAUGGUUCAGCAUGGCUACACUCUGACCUCCAAGAUCACCUUUAAGUCAGUCAUAGAGACCAUCGACAAAUACGCCUUCAUCAACAACAGGUACCCAGUGAUCCUGUCCAUAGAGAACCACUGUAGCAUCCAACAACAGAAGAAGAUAGCCCAGUACCUCAGAAAGAUCCUGGGAGACAAGCUGGACCUGGGAGAGGCUUUCCACAGAGACUCUAAACAGCUACCCAGCCCCCACUGUCUACAGGGGAAGAUCCUCAUCAAGGGGAAGCGUCUCCCUCUGUACCUGUCUCUAGAUGUUGAGGAGGGGGAGGUGUCAGAUGAUGACAGUGCUGAUGAGAUUGAGGACGACUUUAAACUGAAGAACAGCAAUAGUAAUGGUAACCACCAAGUUGAAAGUUACAUCAGGAAGAAGCUGGACUGUCUUUUGAAGGAGUCUCAGAUUGGAGACAAGGAGGACACAGACAGCUUCAGCAUCAGAGCCUUGCUCAGAGCCACACAUGUAGGCCUGCAGAAGAACCUAACGAGUCACAAAGAGGGACUUAAAAAAUCCCAAAGUCGAUCCUUCAUCAGCAACCUAAAGCAAAAGAGGCACUCCAAGUCCAGGCUGAAGUCCCAGAGUGUGGAUGGAGAGGAGGAAGGACAGGAGACAUCUGGGAGAGAGGCAGGAGGACAUAUCACCAGGGGAGAGGGGAAGAGGAAGACGAUUAAGCUGAGUAGAGAUCUGUCAGACCUGGUGGUGUUCACUAACUCUGUGGCCUCUCCGGAGGGAUUGGACGACUGUACUCCGGGGAAUGUUCUGUCGUUCAGUGAGACUCGUGCCCAGCAGCUAGUGAACCACAGAGCUGAGCGCUUCUUGUGUUUCAACCAGCGACAGCUGUCUAGAAUCUACCCCUCAGCCUACCGGAUAGACUCGUCCAACUUCAACCCUCAGCUCUACUGGAAUGUGGGCUGUCAGCUGGUGGCUCUGAACUACCAGACAGAGGGCCGGAUGAUGCAGCUGAACAGAGCCAAGUUCAUGGUGAAUGGUGGCUGUGGUUACGUCCUCAAACCUCCACCCAUGUGUAAAGGCUCGUUCAACCCGUUCUGUGAUGACCCCCUCCCUGCCUAUCCCAACAAACAGCUGGUACUGAAGAUCAUCAGUGGACAGCAGCUUCCCAAACCACCAGACUCUAUGCUGGGGGACCGAGGAGAGAUCAUUGACCCGUUUGUAGAGGUGGAGAUCAUCGGCCUGCCAGUGGACUGCUGCAAGGGGCAGACACGAGUAGUGGACGACAACGGUUUUAACCCCGUGUGGGAGGAGAACCUGUCCUUUACCCUCCACAUGGCGGAGGUGGCUCUGGUGCGUUUCCUCGUCUGGGACCACGACCCCAUCGGAAGGGACUUUGUGGGCCAGAGGACAGUGGCCUUCAGUAGCCUGAUGCCAGGUUAUAGACAUGUGUACUUGGAGGGGUUGACUGAGGCGUCCAUCUUUAUCCACGUAUCAGUUCAUGACAUCUAUGGGAAGUGGAGUCCACUAGUCCUGAACCCCAGCUUUACCAUAAUGCACUUUCUAGGAGCCAACAAGGGUCGUCAGCUGCGAGGCAUCAGAGGCUUGUUCAACAGGUCCUCUAAGUCGUCAGUAGACACCAGCUGUGGUUCGGCCCUCAGGAAACGCUCCAUCAGUGACCUCCUCCUCCGACGCACCGCCAGCGCCCCCACCAACCGACGCAAGAAAACCAAGAUGAAGCUCGCAGAGUCCUCCACCUCCAUAUCAGACCGCAAGGCCUCCAUAUCAGACGGCAAGGACAGAGUGGGGGCCGGGGAAGGGGCUGGGAGGGAGGGGUCCAAGGACAGUGAAAGGGACAGGGAGAGGGUAAUGGUGGAGAGGAGCCCCCCACCUCACGCCCCCCUCUCCCACAGACCCAUCUCCAUGCCUCUGGAGAGGCUACUGCAGGGACAGCUCUCCCUCUGCUCUCCCGAACAGGAGCACACUGACCUGGGUGCAGACACACUCAUCGGAACAUCCCCCUUUGACCGGCCCAGGUCCCACUCUGUGGAUCUCCUCAUCGAAUCAUCCGCCACCCUUGAACACAGUGUGUCCACCCCUUCCACCAAUCACAACAACACACGGGAUAAGACCACAGAGCUUGACCAAUUAGACGAGACCUCCUACCUGGUCAUUGGCCAAGGAGGAGGAAGUGUGGAUGGUGACUCCAAAGAGCAAUUAAAGGACAGAGUCAACCCACCCAUCAAAGCUGAGGGCAUUUCCUCUCGCCAAAGGACGUUGCGUUAUCUGAGCAGGUCAAUAAAGACAGAGAGCAACUGUUUACACGUCCCUACUGAGAGCAGACCAGAGACAACAUUACAUAGUACAACAAACACGCCGGCACCUUCCUCCUCCUCUUCUUCCUCUGUGCCCCCCCUCUCCCCACUCAACGUGGAUCGGUCCGAUCUGCAGAGCCCCAUCUCCCAGCAGGACAGCACCAUCUCGCGACUCAUUGAUGCCGUAUCCCUCGGCAACGACACCAGCUGCGGCUCGAUCUCCGCUCUGAUUGGCCAGUUUGACCUCACCGCUGACCAGAAUGACCUCACAACGAACUCUGACCCCCACGUCCUCAGUGUCAUGUCCUGUCUGUUCCAUUCCACUGCCCAGGACUCCAGCACACCCUAUAAGGUCACCGUAGAAUGUACCACCCCAUAUAAAGACCCACAGACCACCACCUCCCUCUGCAAGGCAAUGAACGGACUUAUCACUCCUCGAAAGGCAAGCCAGACCCCUAACCACACGAACCAGAACCUACUCCCACCCCACCCCAAGACCUCCCACGCAGACCCCCCUGCCCCCCUUCUCUUCUCUAGUCCUGAGACCACGGAGCUGGAGGAGGUCUAUACCAUCCUGGAUGAGGAGGUCUUGUCUCCAGUCUCUGUCUACAACCUGAGGGAGCAGACCAUAGGCAACAUCCAGGCUGACUCUGAGGAGAGCACACCUAUGGCCAGCCUGGAGCCCUCCCCAGCCAAGGUGCCUCCUCGCCUGGGGACAGAGGCCAACGGCAGCUGGGUGGGCUCACGGAGGGGUGUAGUGGAGGUGGAGGAACCAGGACAGGGCUAUGGGGGUGUCAGUGAUCCUACAGGGCUGUGGUCAGGGGGAGAAUGGGGGUUGUCAUGGGGUUACAGGUGUCCGUCUGUCAACAGCACAGUGUCUGACCGGUUGCUGUUGUGCCAGGACUCAGCAGGAAGUAAUCUGAUGGAGGUGGAGAUUAACGUGGACGAGGAUCCACUGGAGGUUACCCUCACCUUACCGAGACACAACUGUACCUGGGUCGCUACCAGCCCAACCGAACAAUACGCUGCUCCCCAAAGCCAGUUUACCCAACUAAACCCCUCUCCCCGGUACGCACCCCAACUCUCCCAGUGUCCUUCCCCUCUCAAACAACCCUCACACCAGCCCUCCCCUCGCAACACCCCAUCAAUAACCCCUCAAACCCAGCCCUCCCUCUUCAAAAGGCCCCCCAACCCCAGCAGCCUCCGCCUGAACAGCAGGGCUGAGCUCUCCUUUGAGAACAGCAGAGACAUUACCAGAGCCUACACCCAGCAGCACAGCUACAGUGGACCCACCCAGCCACAGACCAGGGGCUACCAGGGUGGGCACACCCAGCCACAGACCAGGGGCUACCAGGGUGGGCACACCCAGCCACAGACCAGGGGCUACCAGGGUGGGACAGGGGAAGGUCAGGAUCAGGGUGAAGCAUCAACCUGCUUCCAGAAUGAGUUGUCCUCCUCUGAGUGUCUGCCUGGUCUGUCUAGUGUGUCUGGUUCAAGGUAUGUUAGCUUCCCCAGAGACCGAGGCCUGUACUCCCCUAUCUCAGACUGUGAUGUGGCCUAUAGCCAUCUAGACUACAACUGCUUCAGGCUCUCUGCUGCCUCGGCAUCCCCCUACACCCAUUUGCAACCCCAGCCCCAAUCACAUACCCAGCCUCUGCCCCAGGCCCAACCCCAAUCACACACCCAACCCCGACCCCAAUCACACACCCAGGCCCAGCCCCAGUUCCAACCCUGUUCUGGCCCCCCACCGCUGCCCCUCUCGGGCCCCACCCUUGCCCCUCCUCUACCUAUCCCCAGACCACCCACAGCCCCCAGCCCCUGCAAGUCCAAGUCUCUGGGUGACCUGACAUCAGAGGACAUUUCCUGCAACUUCCACAGCAAGUACAACAUCAUCAGCCGCAGCUUCAUCACCCCGUGUAUGAAGGAGCGGAGGAGGAUGAGGGGCCUGGGGGGUCUGUCCCAACGGCUGCAGUCUGCAGACCCCCUCACUGAGCAGCUCCGCAAACUAGUCACCCUGGAGGGGGAUGACAGAGACCGGGACAGACCCCAGUCUCCCCAGCUGCCCCAGUUACCUCAGUUACCCCCCAAACCCUUCGUUCCCCCAUCACGCCCCUGCCCCCCCUCAAACUUUGUCCCAGACGCCCAGGAGGACUCCCCGCCCCUCCUCUCCCGCCGCCUUUCCUCUCGGAGCCAGAGCCGUGUGCGUCACAUCAACAAUCGCGCUCGAGAGAGGCAGCAGGAGGCUCUGAAUUCCCGGGAUAUGAGCGCCCCCUCCAGCGUGGGAGGGGUAGUGCUGCGUACUAAAGUAGCAGCAGUCAGAACCCCCCCAGCUAACAGACACUCAACAGGCUCCUACAUAGCGGGCUACCUGGACCAGCUGGAGGACAGGGGGCUGCCUGAGGGGGCGUGCGCCACACUAGGGUACGGAUAUGGAGAUCACUAUGGUGAUCAUUAUCAUGAUGACUCUCUGCUGCCCACAGACUCCUGUAUAAGAUCAGAACCGGAAGUCUACUUCCUGCUCAGACUCUGAACCCACUUCCUGGUUAUCACCUACAUAGAAUGAUGCAUAAUGUACUUCCAGAACACAGAAAAUCAGCUUCCUGCUUACAACCGAGAAAAAACUAAAAUAUAUAUCCUGGUUGGUCUGUCCAAUAAUACAGGUAUAAAGUCAACUACCUGAUUGGGUCUGACAUUUUGUCUGUAAAUGUAAAAAUGUCCUGAUCAGAAUGUUCUGUAAAUGUAAUUUGGAACAGACUGUAAACCACUUCCUACUUUGAUUGUACCUGUUUCCUGUCCUGCCUGUUCCUGUAAUUCUACUUCCUGUUCAAGCUAACUCCACCUACAAUGAAGCAAAAAAUUGGAAACGUUCCAAAUGUGUUUUACUCUGAAGGGAAGUGUUGUCUUGGCGUUUGUACAUUUUAAAUGUGUAUUGGUAUUAUCAGAGGCCCGCUGGGCACAGACGUCAAUUCAACGUCUCUUCCACGUUGGUUCAACGUCAUUUAGUUGAAAUGACAUGGAAACAACGUUGAUUCAACCAGUGUGUGUACCCAGUGAGGGGCACUUUUAAGGAACGUGAUCUGUUUCAUCAGAGAGCUUCCUCAAGUCUUCCUUUCUCCUCUAAGUGUUCUCUAUGUCAGUGUUGUUUGUAAAUAUUCUACUGUACAUUCGUUUUUAAUGGACGGUGGUGUUAUUUAGUUGACGGUGCAGCUGUUUUCUGCAUGUUAAACGUGGACAUGUCCAGCAUGACUAUGCAUCGAUCUGUAGACAUCACAGUGCACUACUGUCUUUGUACAGAACAAGUAAUAGUGGGAUUGGUUGAAAUACAGUACAUAGACAGUACAACAGAGUAUGUAGACAGUACAUAGACAGUACAAUACAGUACAUAGACAGUGCAUAGACAGUACAAUACAGUACAUAGACAGUACAAUGCAGUACAAUACAGAACUCUACAGUACAUAGACUGUGCAAUACAGUACAAUACAGUACACUACAGUACUAUACAGUACAUAGACUGUACAAUACAAUACAGUUCAUAUACAGUACAAUGCAGUACAUAGACAGUAAAAUACAGUACAAUGCAGUACAAUACAGUACAUAGACAGUACAAUACAGUACAUAGACUUUGCUUGCUCUGACUUUUCGCUUUCUACGAUUUUAAACACUACCACAUACUUUUUGAGUUUAAAUGCUGUUAUUUUUAUAAUUACUUUAAUACAGACUGCAAAAAAAAACAAAAAAGCAAAAAAAAAUGUUGGGUCUGGUUAUUACAUUUUUUCUUUCAGUUGAAAUGGUUACAAGAACAGAAACACAGUGGACUAGGUAGAUACGGCUUUUGGGCUGGACGAGGCUGCAUGAUUUUAUUCUUCUUUUCAGUGUUAAACCCGUCUUAUUUUCUUUGUAUGGUCGCUCAGAAGAUUAAUGUGAGCAUUUUCCUACCGAUGCAAUAAAAUUCAGAAACUUUUUACACGGCAA